UGUUUCCUUUCGGACUGUUUAAACGGAAACUAUUUUAACUUCCGGAAUUUGUGCUUUUGGCUGGCGAACGAUAAUAUUCCCGGAGUUUUCAAAGGAAAAAACUGUUGCUAAGGACUGAUCAAGACCCCGAAUAUACCCUGGGUUAUGUGAUGGAGUCUCCAGGUAGCACGAACGGGUCAUUAGACCAGGCCUUCUACCUCUACAGCAUGCUGCGGUCGGUCCCCAGAGGUCUGGCAGUGGGGCCCUCCCUGGCCAAUGACGGCCAGCUUGGACUUUGGUGUGUCAGAUGUGCAGUGCCAAGAGGUGCCAUGCUGGGGCUGGAGAGCCAGGCCCAGGCCCACUGUCAUAGGGAGGGCAAGAGGGAAGAAGAGAUGGAUGGAGAAUGGCAAGGGGUGGUGAAUGGGCCUCUCUGGGACCAGUUCUACUGGGUCAGGUUUGCGUGCAAUGCCAAGGGGAAGGAGGAGAGGAAUGUGACAGUCCACCAGCUGGCUGAAGGCCUCUUUCUGAGGGCCUGCCAGGACAUAUCCCCAGGGACAGAACUCCUUCUCUGGGUUGGGGAGUCCCAGACUUUGCCUGAACCCCUAGAGAAGUCUGUAGGAGGUCAAACUGGGCCAGGUACACCACUAGAGAAACCUCGGAAACAGGAAGCCCCUCGAAGGUCCAGAAAGGAGACAAUUUCUGCCACCAGUCCAGUGGUAGCGGAGCAACCUUUAGUCUGUGGAGGAAGUGUGUCGUACACCAGUAAAGAUGGGGACACUGCACGUCCUUGUCUAGAGGAAGAGCCUGAGAAAGGGGGGGAUGAGAUGGAAGAGGAGGGUGAGGAUGAGGAUGAGAGGGAUGAGAUGGAGAGGGAGGAUGAGAGGAAUGAGAAAGAGGGGAUGUGUAAAAGCCAGACUCAGAUCAGGAGGAGCAAACCUCUUAUGUACAGGAGGAAGAAGAGGCCCACAAGGAGGAAAGAGAAGGAGCGGCUGGAGAAAAGAGGAAGGACAGAGGACAACAAAACUGCGGAGCAGAAUGGAGGAGUGGAUGGGUUUAGAAGCAUCAAGGUAGAAAGUGUUGCUCUCGACAGAGCUGCCUUUACAACUCUGUUGCUGCCUGGGGCUGAAUCAGGGGAUCUAGGUGAUCAGGACCAAGCCGAAGGUCCUACAGCUCAAGCCCCUAGGGCUAGUUCUCGUCUGGCAGCCAAACCCAGGAAGGUGCACUCAUUACUCAGCCACAUCAACCACCAACUCCAGGAGCGUCAGAGUAGGUCUCUGGGAGGUCAGCAGAGGAUCCAACGGGGUUUACCCAGAGGCAGGGCAAGAAACCAACAUCCAGUGAGUAGUCAUACAGAUAGAGAGAGACCAAUCUCCCAAGAUAAGUCUGUACAGAAGAAUAAAGAGCCAGAUUCUACGGAUCGGUUUCAGUUUGACACCAGGGAAAGGAGGUAUAGAUGUGACCAGUGUCCCAAGAGCUUCUUCCAGUUGUGCCACCUGAAGAAGCACCAGUUCACCCACUCAGGCUUCAAGCCCUACUCUUGCUCCGAAUGUUCAAAAACCUACAGCUCACAGGAGAACUACAAAGCCCACAUACUGAUGCAUCGUGGGGAGCGGCCAUUCAAGUGUCAGCAAUGUGACAAAAGCUACGGGGUGAAGAGAGACCUCCGGGAGCAUGAGGUGCUCCAUACCGGCCAGCGCCCAUUUGUGUGUGACAUUUGCGGCAAAGCCUUUGCCCGCAGGCCCUCUCUCCGGAUACACCGGCAGGCUCACCGGGCCAAGGAGCAGAACCAGCCACCAGUCAAAACCUGCUGCCCAGUCUGCUCCAAGGAGCUGGCCAGCUCCGGUUCCCUCAGGAACCACAUGCGUCUGCACACGGGCGAGCGACCAUACCCCUGCCCACAUUGUGGGAAAACCUUCCGCCAGCGUGGAAACCUGCAAGGACACCUGCGCAUCCACACAGGAGAGAAGCCUUACAGUUGUGUGCACUGCGAGCAGAGCUUCUCCCAGGCCCCUGAGCUGCGCAGGCACCUGAUCUCCCACACUGGGGAGGCGUACCUCUGCCCUGUCUGUGGUAAGGCCCUGAGGGACCCCCACACCCUGAGGGCCCACGAGCGCCUGCACACCGGGGAACGGCCCCAUCGCUGCGAGGAGUGUGGGAAAGCAUACACCACGGCCACCAAGCUGAGGCGCCACAUGAAGUCUCACCUGGAGGAGCGUCCAUACAGCUGCCAGACCUGUGGGGCUGGAUACACUUUGAUGCAGAGCCUGGUGCGACACCAGCUGUCCCAUCGCCGGAAGGAGGAGAGGACCGGGGCUGGGGAGCUGGAGGAUGCUCUUGCAGCUCUGGAGGCCAGUCACCCUCGUCCUACGAGGGGCCGCCCCAGGAAGACACCUCGCAGGGCGGUGGACAAGACCUGGGAUCAGCCCCCGGAUCUGGGCCUGGUGGAGGGGGGAGAGGACCAAACAGUGCUGUAUGUCCAGACCCUGGAGGACCUAAGUGUGUCCAGUUCUGGACAAGUUAUUCUUGGCACAUCAGACUCUGCCCUCUCUGUCAAUGGGGUGAUCUUAGAGGAAGGGGCUGGACAGCUCAGCCAGGAAUUGCUGGAGAUCAUUGUCUCAGACUCUAACGAGAAGUGCAUUGUUGUCCGAGAGCACAAGGCCCACGGUAACCUGGUCAUUCUACAGGGAGACAAUGGACUCAGCUCCGUGGCCCAGACCGUCGAGAUAGAGACAGGAAUCUAGAGCUAACACGUACACUGUCCUCUUCUUCAGUUUUCAAUUCAGCUCUGUUUUGUUUGAAAGGUUUUCAUAGUUCAGCUUUGAAGAUUGUGAAUACAAUGUGUGAGAUGUAAACUGAGAGCCUCUGUGCUGAUAAAUGUAGACCUUAACAAGCAUCGUACAAUUUGUUAAUACUUUGUUGAUCUAUAAAUGUUGCUACUUGUGAUUCAGAUAUAUUUUAUGAACAAGUUAUAAGGCAAAUAAAGAGAUGUCAAACAUCUAAUUUACAAAUGUA